UGGCCGCGUGGAGACGGCGCCAGAAGCCGAGUUACAGCGCAGCUGCCCCCACGUUUCUCGCUCUUUCUCUCUCGCUUCGGCUCCGGUUCCCGUCCAGCGGUGGAUAGAGCAAGCUGAAAGGUUGACCAAGCUUCAGGGCGAAUAGGAGCGCACGUCGCAGCCGGUUCCCGAGGCGUAAUCGAACCAUUAUCGGUGCAGCGGCUCCGGCCUUGACUGCAGUAGCAGCAGCAGCUUCAGAAGCUCCCAACUCGGCUCCCCUCCGCCGAGUUCAGCUUAAACUUCGCGUUCAGCAGCGGAUAGAGCAAAGUGGUCGCAGCUUCAUAGCCACUAUAGGAUAGAUGUCCAGCGGCGUCAGCUUUCUUACGGGUCAAGCCUGAACGAUAGUUCCAGCGUCGACUUCACCAUCUCGCAGCGGAUCCAUAUUCAGCUUCAACUCGGGCCUGCGCUGCAGCUCGAGUAUCAUCAUAUCCAGAGCCCUUGAGCUCCUGCUCCAGCAGUGAAUAGAGCUCCAAACUGCAUCGUUCAGCUACCUUAACCUAACAGUCUGCUCUCCAAUAGACAACCCACCACCCCACCCCACAUCACUGUGUUAGUUCCAGCUCCCGCCUAAACUACGGCGUGCUCGUCGCGACGUAUCCCACAGCCGAAGCCGCCGCGUCCCUUGCGACUGCAGCCCUGGAUCUAGCAGCAUCGACUGCAUCUCCAGCCUCGCCACCAGCUCCAUCUCCUCCAUCUCCUUCACCUCCUCCUCAAGCCCAAGCCUCGACUCCGGUCUCGCCCGAGUGGGGCGAUGCCGCGGGGAGCGCUCGUUCGCUGAGAGUCCAAGCAGGAGACGCCGGUGCCGUCGGAGCUACGAUGAACAACAUCAACAACAACAUCAACAACAAGACGGUGGCGGUGAACGUGGGCGAUGUGGCCCAGCGCUGGAUCGAGUCUGGUGCCCUCCUCCAGCCUCGCUCCCUGCAGCCCGACACGGGCUCUGGGGGCCGUGGGGACACAGUCCUGGCCCACGUUGUGACGGCGGCGGCGGCUACCACCGCUAGCAAUCAUCCAGCUGUCGUCCCACAGGUGCCCUUCCACAUCCCCGGCCUUGGCCGCCUGAGGCCGUCCUCUUACCUGGCUCUGUUCAGCGCCGUGAGCAAGCUGGCUCGCCUGGACGACUUCGUGUGCGAGCUCAAGAUCGGAUCUGGAUUCUUCUCCGAAGUCUACAAGGUGCGAGACAAGGGCACGGGGAAGGUGAUGGUGCUGAAGAUGAACAUCCUGAGCAGCAACCGUGGCAACAUGCUCCGUGAAGUGCAGCUCAUGAACCGACUCUCUCAUCCGAACAUUCUCGGGUACAUGGGCGUUUGCGUUCACGAGGGACAGCUGCACGCGCUAACGGAGUACGUCAACGGGGGUAACCUGGAGCAGUUGCUGGACAGCCCCGUGUACCUGUCGUGGUUGGUUCGCAUCAAGCUGGCCCUGGACAUCGCGCGGGGACUCAAGUACCUGCAUUCGAGGGGCGUCUUCCACCGUGACCUCACCUCCAAGAACUGCCUGAUAAAGUACGACGAUAGCGGCUACACGGGCAUCGUCGGGGACUUUGGCCUGGCUGAGACUAUCCCAAAGUGCAAUGAGAAGGGAGAGCGGGAGCGCCUGGCCGUCGUGGGUUCCCCCUUCUGGAUGGCUCCUGAGGUUCUCCGCGGAGAGGUCUACGAUGAGACGAUUGACGUGUUCUCCUUCGGAAUCAUCCUGUGCGAGAUCAUCGCCCGCGUACAGGCCGACCCGGACUACCUUCCGCGUACGGAGAAUUUUGGCCUGGAUUACGAGACUUUCCAGCACAUGGUCGGGGACUGCCCCUCCGAUUUCCUGCAGCUCGCCUUCAACUGCUGUAAUAUGGACCCCAAGCUGCGGCCGAACUUCGAGGAGGUGGAGCGGGCGCUGGAGGAGAUGAGCAGGAUCACUGAGGUGGAGAGGACAGAGACCGGGUCCCCGUCCAGCCAGGGGGGCAGCACUGAGGCCGUGUGGCAGCCAGGUGUGCGGGAGAAGGGGCCAGGGUGCAAGCGCAGCAAGCCGCUGAACUCUCCGCCGGGCGACGGCGAGUCGGCGUGGAAGAGCCCGCGGCCGCGCCUGGACACGCGGCUCUCCCGCAGCCACUCGGACGUCUUCUCCCCGCACUCCAAGACGCGGGGGGGCGCGGUGGUGAGCGUCAUGGACCCCUACUACACGCCGGGCAGCGCCAACAGCGGGAAGGUGAACCCCUUCUCGUCGCGCAAGGAGCUCAAAGGCGGGCGCGUCAAGUUCUUCGACACGCCCACUCGGCCGACGCUAGCGCCCCUGGCGUUCGACCAGCCGAUGAAAGACGCCGUGGACGGCAUGAAGCCGGAACCGCAGUCGACUCCGCAGAAAACGCAGCAGCGGCCGCAAGCGGACGAGGACGAGUGGGAUAGCCCGCUGGACAUGGACUUCACUCUAAUGCCGUUGCGGACGUGUAGGUCUCUUCCCAGCUCGCCGGAGCUGCCGCGGAGAGACAUGCCAGUGCGGGCACCGGUGACUCACGCCACGCUCGGCCGGGUGACGUGGCGAGCGACUCAGGACCGCCGCCGCCACACCGACUCCCCUCGCCCGGAACUGACGUCGUCACGGCAGGGCGGCGCCGGCGACAGAGGCAUGGCGGCAGCGGUGGCGGUAGCAUCGACGAGCAGUGACAGUGACCCGCUGGAACUCGACUACGUACUGAGCGAGAGCCGCUUUUCAGGCAUGAAGUUGAGCGGCGGCGGCGGCGACGGCUGCGCCCCGUCCCGGUUCCACGCCGAGACGCCGCGCUACCGGUGCUCGCGCGACGAGAGCGAGACAUCGAGCAGCGGGUGCUACUCGCAGCCCGGAGACGACGGCUCCACGGACUGCUCCUCCAGCUUCCACGGCAACGGCUUCCGCGGCUACGACGACGACGACGAGGACGUGACGGACGGCUCGACGGACGACGUGUGGCAGGACAGCGACGAGCAGCGGCGCGGCUGCCCGCACGGGCAGAGGUGCGGCCCGCACUCGGACGCCGAGGGGCCCGGUUGCGGCGAGUCACCGGCGUACAGGGACUGCGCUCGCUCGCCGGUGUACCACCGUGCCGGGAAACCGUCCGCUGCCGGGAAGGCCGUGCCGGGCUACAGCAAGGCGCUGUUCUCCCCGCAGCCCGUUUCGCUGAGCAGCAACAACAGCAGCACCCCCUUCGUACUGCUGCGGGGCAGCGCCAGCCCCGGCGAAGUGGCCGUGACGACGCAGAGGGCGGCAGGGGGCAUGGGCAACCGAGCGACGCUGCAACAGGAACUGUUUUAGGCGGCGGGGCGAAACGCACACCACGGCAGCGUGCCCUCUGUAAUCGUUUAUUUGCUGUGAAGUCAAUGUAAAAAGUGGACGCGCGCGCGCACGCACUCAAGCACAUACGCACAGACGGAUGCGCACAGUGCCCGUCUGGGCGUGCGCGUGCGUGCUCGCUCCAGAUUAAGAGACAUAUCUCAAUGCUGAUAAACACGCUCUGAACUCGAACACACAUAUGCAAGGGCUGUACAAACUCUUUAUGCUAAAUUUGGUUUAAAACUAAAAGAGAUUGUUCGUUUUUUUCCGUCUAAGAAAUUGUGCAUCUAUUUAAUGAAAGUCAAGGUUGUAAAUAAUUUUAUAAUUUAUUCCUAUUGAUGCUGAAUGUCUUAAAUUUUCUUUAGCAAGCCGAGGCAGGUCAGUCUUGCAACCAGUCCAGGCUUCUAAGGAGCUGUUGAUAUGCGGGCACCUCCGUCGCGUGUGGAAACGGCUGCUCCCCCGACCCGCGGGCAAACAGUUGACACAGACGGAGCCGUCUCUAGGGUACGGCUAAUCGGAGAGCGACUGCCCCGGGCCCCGUACUUUGGGGGGGGGUGAGGCCCGCGCAUCGACGGCACGAUGUCAGAUGUAAUACUUCCGGUUUAGUUUCAAGCCGUCGGGGGGGGGAGGGGGUGGCGGCACACGGUGUGAUUUGCUCCGGGCCUAGCGCACCGCUAUGGACGACUCUGGCCACAGAGCGUGAGCUGUCCAUGCACGUGAACCUUAACGCGGCGGUGGCGAUGACAACAACGUUGCUCGUUCAGCCACUGCGGUUUAGAAGUGGCAGUGGCUCAUCUCGUAACUGUGCCGCUGUAACGGGGAGGGGCAUCCACCCUUCGGUAUGAGUCCCGUCCCGUGGCCCGUUGACCCGUGCAACAAAGCACGGUGAAGUUUGCCUCCCGGAAAAACCCGUUCCCAAGUCCUCGCGAAUCGUUUGACCUAUGUCUCGUUACCGGCUGUACUUUUGCUGUCUGCGUAACAGUGACUCAAUGUAAAGGUUUAACGGUGACAGAGUUUUGAGCGUUGGACUGUUCCUGUGCGUCGUUUACCAGACUCCCAAUUCCGUGUUCGAUCGAAGCCGCCCCUGGCGAUGGCCCACUCGGAGUUGAGACGCUGAUGUCACCGGCAUUCGCGAAAACCGUUGCCGUCAACGAGCGUGCAACGUGCCCCCCCCCCCCCCCCCCCCCCCAUGAAUCGAUGUAAAUGACGCAUAGGUUGAUCAGGUCAACGCUAUCUCUGCGAUGAGCCUUCGUCGGGUCACUGAUUCGGCUGCUUUUUGUACAAUCGUCUUGUCCACCUCCCUUGCCCACCUCCUCCGGCCAGCGUAAGCGAAAGGUCAAAAUGCCUUCCAAGAGCGAGGCCGUCUGCGUGGCGUUGUGGAGGAGGAGUGCCGUGCCGGGCCGCCCCCCCCACCACCGCGUGUUUCACGUCGUCGUAAUCGAACGUCGUGUUGCUUCGCCUUGCACCUGUGCCUUGGGUACCUUGCCUAGCACCGAACACUGAAGCGGCAGUCUCGAGUUGAGCCGGGUAACGAACGAGCGGAGGUGGGUCGUGUCACCGUGCCCGUAGUAGGCGAUGGAUCGAGGCGUUUCGGUGAGGAUGGCGCACGGUGAGGGUGAAGGUGGUGCACGGGACGUUCGGACCGCCGGCCCCGACUCUCCCAAGCGUCCCGUUUCAGCUUGGACAUUUUAUCUUUUGUCUCGGCACUUGCGGGGCGGGGGGGUGUGGGGUCGGGAGUGUCAGCUCGUGUCCAUUCUGCGUUAAGGGGUUGUUCCAUCGUCGAUUGUGGUUUUCUUUGUUCUUCGACGUUCGUCUUCGGAAUCUAUAACCAUAUCCGGUUCAGUUCUAGCCGGACCGAUCGGCGCGGGGCCACGAACGCGGUUUGUCCCCCAACUUCCAGGCGGUGCCAGCAGCACGGCUCAUCAGCAGCCGCCCCCCCCAAGGUGGUGACGUCCGCGACGUAAACAAGUCCUGGAAUGUGUUUUUAUCGUCGAACAUUUCGAUAUUUGUGUGCGACGAACCGAUUUCACCAUCCCCCCCCCACAUCUUCAUGCGAUUAGUGAUCACGCUGAACAACCGCGUCCAUUAACAACGCGAGGUCCGUGCGGGGAGCAGAGCGGGGAGGUGUGCAGGGUGGGGGGCUCUCGUGGGCUGGGGCAGCCGUGCAGCGCGGCCCAAAGGCCUUCCGAUGGGCCUGGCGUGCGCGCAAUUCGUCAGUGCCGCUUCUUUGGAAAAGACCAAAGACAAACGUUGGAUAAUACAUUGAUUGUUUAUGUUUGCGUUCUGUCCGUUAACCCCCAAUUUGUAUAGUUC